GUGCAACAUAGCAGCAGAGGAAAGGAGAGGACACAGAUCACAAGACCUGUGACGCAGGCUGACUUAAAAACGCUCCAGCAACUCUCUCUCAGCAGGAGUCUUUGAUUGAAUCUGCCUCCACUGAGCUUAAGGCUAGAAGACUGUGAUUUUCCACCUGCGGCCCAGGAGAUUGUCCUAAGUGUUGUGGCGUGGGAGGGUGGUAACCAUGACGACUGCAGAGCCACCUAACGGACUGUGGCGCCGAAACAUCAGAGCCCGUCAGUCAGAUGAGGUCUCUGGUCAGGCUGGAGACCAUGAUAAUUCACAAGAGGAAGAUCUAAGACAGUGGCAGAAACAUGCACAGAAGGUGAAGAUGAAAGUCCUGGAGCAGGUCCAGGAUCAGCUCAGUGAUUUACUGGACAAAGCACUGACUGAGUCUGUCCAGCCUUUUACCCAACUACAGCCAACAGUUAAUGGAAAGACGACAAUAAACCCCUCAUCCAGAUCUCAGAGAAUGGAUGAUGGCAAAGUGUUCAUGGCCAGACCGUCACUGUUGGACGAACUGUUUGAGAUCAACCACAUCAGGACCAUCUACCACAUGUUCAUCGCUGUACUUGUCAUCUUCUGUUUGAGCACACUGGCUGUGGACUACAUCGACCAGGGCAGGUUGGUCUUGGAGUUCGACAUUCUGUUCUGGGCCUUUGGGAAGGUGGGAACAGUCACCUGGGCCUGGUUUGUGAUGUUUGUCUACACCCUGCUCGCUCCGUACUACACGCUGGUGUUUUGGGGAUGUUUGUACCACAGCUCACCCUCUAAGUUGGGGCUGUCUCUCGGCACGGGCCUGGUCCUAUCUGCAGUGCAGACCUGCAUACUGGGACUGUUCCCCAUCUACGUGGCUGUGCACUACCAGCUGCCUCCGGCCUCGCGGUUCAUUGUGAUACUGGAGCAGAUUCGAUUCCUGAUGAAGAGCUACUCGUUCAUAAGAGAAACCGCUCCUGUUAUCAUGAAGAAUCCACCAAAGGAAGGAGAAAGUCCCAGAUUACCAACAUUUUCCAGCUAUCUGUACUUCCUCUUCUGUCCAACACUCAUCUACAGGGAAUCAUAUCCUCGGAAUACCCAUAUUAGAUGGAAGUACGUUGGCAUCACACUUGGAAUGAUCUUAGGAUGCCUGUUUUACGGCUACUUCAUCCUGGUGCGGCUCUGCGUGCCUGUCUUCAGACCUGAGACCAACCAGCCGUUCAGUAAACGAACGAUGGUUCUUGCUGUGUUCAACUCAAUAUUACCAGGUAUAAUGCUCCUUCUGUUGUGUUUCUUUGCCUUCCUGCACUGCUGGCUCAACCUCUUCGGGGAGCUGCUGCGUUUUGCUGACAGAAUGUUUUACAAGGACUGGUGGAACUCGACAUCUUUCGCCAACUAUUACCGAACCUGGAACGUAGUGGUUCAUGACUGGCUCUAUUACUAUGGAUACAGAGACUUCCUCUGGCUGUCGAAAAGGAAAUUCCGAACAGCUGCCAUGCUCUCUGUGUUCAUCGUCUCCGCUGUUGUCCACGAGUACGCCUUCACCAUGGGUUUUGGCUUCUUCUAUCCCGUCAUGUUCUGUCUCUUUGCCAUCUUUGGAGUGGUGUUCAACUUCACGAUGAACGACAAGCGCCAGAGCCCUGUGUUCAAUGUCAUCAUGUGGGCGUGUCUCUUCCUCGGUCAGGGUGUCCAGGUGUGUCUCUACUGCCAGGAGUGGUACGCUCAGAUACACUGCCCUCGGAAAGAGAAUAGCUUCUGGGAGUUGGUGACGCCGCGAUCGUGGUCGUGCAGCUACCAGAGAUGAUGCUGCCUCCCUGCUGGGCUGAUAAAUCAUGAGGGUACAGGGUCAGAAAAUGACAAAGGACUGAACACAGGAGAGAAAGAAACUUUGAAGACAUGUAAAUAUGUACGUUUUUUCAGUUUUUAGUGUGUAAGUUUUUCUUUGGGUCAAGAUUUGACUGUCCCUUUUUUUCUUUAUGUUGUUAUUCAGGGCUGAUGUUACCCAUAAUAUCACCUCUGAAAUAUUCCAAGUUUGUGUUUGUAUGAUAGUGUUAAAUAAUGUUUAAAGGAGCUGUAUGUGACAUUCAGAGCAUAUCUAUGAUUCAGAAUCUGAGCCGGGAUUGCUUGCACAUGGCUCUCAACAUGGAGACGGCUAAGCCGGUGGCUAGUAGCUAACAGUGCUAAUAACACAGUCAGUGGGAACAAUGGCAACAGUGCUGACAAUGGCGUUCACCACUGUGGGUCGGGACGGUGUUAUCAGUGGUAACCACCGCAGUGUGUGAACUAAAACAUGGCUUUCAGGGGAGAUCACUUUUUUUACGGAGGGUGGGGGGCACUUGCAUAUGCCUCAAAGAAAGGACUGAUUGUGACUCUUGUUACAAAUAAAACAUUUUGAACAGCUGAAACCAUGUAGGCCUAGUUGCUCUAGUAUGUUUGCACAUCUGAUCUGAGAAGUUGUUUUGUUUUUUUUCUGAUGUUUGAGUUGAAGUGAGAGAGGUUAAUUGUGCCACCACGCUUUGGAUGUGAUGGCAUGAAUAGCAUGCAUGUAUUUAAUAUUUUUAUUAGAGCAAAUUAGUGAUGACUCACCCUUGUGCUUGGACCACACAUCAGUAACAGUAAUUUUAUGAAUUUUCCAUGAUGAUGACGAUAUGGAAAUAUAGCAGUGCUUGGCAAAAAUAGCAUAUUGUCAAUAUAUCAAAGACAGCUAAAAAAAAAAAAAAAAAAAAAAAAAAUGAACAAAUCAUGUUUACGGGUGAGCUCAUGCCUUAUUAAGAGAAGCCAAGCUCCUCCCUGGCUCCACUGUAGUUCGCACCCUGAACUGCAGUAUGAGCGCAGUGCAGAGAGGUGGCGAUUAGCUUACCAUUGGGACACACUCACAGGGACUCAUGCACUAACAUGUAUGUGCAGCUGAACCAGUUUACCACAAAAAAGAACAGGGAAGCUGGGAUUACAACACACAAAGGUAGUGUGACUUCAUUUUCUGCUCAGGACACCAUUACUCUACUAUAUCUUCACAUGGCAAAUAGCUGUUUGCUACUUUAUUAAUGCUCUGAAUGUCAUAUACCAGGGGUGUCAAACUCAUUUUAGUUCAUGGGCCACAUACAGUCCGAUUUAAUCGCAGGUGGGCCUGACCAGUAAAACCAUUGCACAAUGUCCUAUAAAUAUCAAACACCUCUGAAUUUUUACCUUUUUUUGUUGAAAGAAGUACAUUUUGAAAAUGCUCAUCCAUUUACAACACAGCUGACAAACAACCUGUGAUGUCUUCAGAAGAAUAAAUGCAAUUUCAACAAUAUUUCUCACUCAGUUUUUCCACAUUUAGUCAGUCAACUACUCACUGCCAUUACAUAUGUAUUUCUCUAUACAUUUCCACUCUACUGUAGUAAUCCUGAAAGCACCACACAAAACUAAAGUGAAAGAAAAGCCUCUGAAGCAGCAUUUUACAUGAAGAAAGCCACUCACUGUUUAACUUGCUCCUGAAACCUGGCACCUCUUAGCCUUCACAAGUUCAUCACUAUUAGGUGUGCAAGGUCAGGGCCGGAUUGGACCCUUUGGCGGGCCGGAUCUGGCCCCAAGCCGUGUGUUUGACACCCGUCGUAUACAGUUCCUUUAAUAAUUCAAGCUGUGUAAAACUUUCUUUAAAAACUGUUGUAAUUAACAGAUUUUUUUUUUUUUUUUUUAUCAAGUGCUGAUAGAAUAUCAUACUGUAAGCAAACCGUUGCACAUUAAUCAACCAGUAGCAUGUUUACCGAAAGACAAGGUCUUAAUGAAGUACAAAGUUUUAGGGAAAUUUGUCCGUUUUUUAAAUACAAAUCAAACAAAUAACAUACAACAUAUUAAUUAUUGAGCUUUAGAGGUGCUGGUUGGCAGAUUCUUGACCUUUGGACAUAGCCAGGCUAGCUGUUCCCCCCUGUUACCAGUCUUUAUGCUAAGCUAAGCUAAUCACUUCCUGGGUCAAGCUCCAUAUUUAACCCAAAGUCAUAUACAAAAUAACCUACUGGCGGAAAAUAUGUACUGUAUAUAUGGUUAUAUUCUUAACCUAACUGAAUGCAUUUCUUUGAAAUAAUAAAUGUAUUUAAAUGUUGUAAUAAUAAACCCUCAGGAGCCCCAAACUCUCUUUAGCUUGCCUUAUUUCUGCUGUAUUUAUAGUAAAGCUGGACAUGGUUGUUUUACAGCAGACAGGUGACAUCAGUGACUCCCAACAGGCUUUGCCACAGCGAGGGCACCUGCCCUGCAGUGUGUGUUGCAUGUUUAAUCCUGCCUCUGUUGACGUUCAGCCAACAGGGAUUGGUUGGGAGAGCACGUACGUUAGCCAACCAGCAACAGGCAGAGCAGCGUCUUAUCAAUCUGCCACAAAGCCUCUGUUUGCCUGCCUGCCACAUCCCUCUGAAGUCAUACAGGAAGGAGAGGAUUAACAUUGGUACAGUGUUUGCAUUAGUGAUGUAAUGCUCUGUAAACUGAUAUACUGUAAUACCAUGGCAGCUCAGAGAGCCACGGCAGCACAGGUAAUUUCAGAGGCAGCGUCAAGAGUAGAAUGAAAUGUAUUUGUGUCUGACAUAAUUCAUUUUGAGCUUGAAAAUAAAAUCAUGUUUUUUGCAUUAUCA